AUGGCAUCAUACGAAGCAGAGAAUAACAUGAAACUCAUGCCAUGGGGGCCUAGCUAUGCAGAUCAAGCGCAAGCAGCUCAGAGUCGCCAGGCUCAUCAACCGCUCCCGAAUAGAGAAGAGGUGCCCAAUUUCGACAUUGCGCGAAACAAGGAAAGAGGCUUCCUUCACCCAACCAUUGAUUCCGGGAAGCAAAUCCGAGUCCUAAAGAUCCUCCCCGAAGCUACGACAACAAAUUUGGUCUGUGAAUUUGGCAUUGUCGACUUCAAUGACGCGUCCGCCAACAGCUACUUUGCCCUAUCAUAUACAUGGGGGAGCGCCACAGGAGCUGAUGACGUUCAUGACAUACUCAUCCUCGACGGUUCAGAGCAGCAAGUGCCAUUUUCCGUCCGACGAAAUGUUUGGGAGUUCUUGACAAGUGACAUUGUGCGAAGCAAACUCGGCGGCCGCCCCAUCUACAUAGAUGCUGUAUGCAUUAACCAAUUGGACAAUGAUGAAAAAGGUCACCAGAUCCAGCUCAUGCAAUCCGUUUACUCUCAGGCUCUUGAAGUGAUCAUCUGGCUUGGAUCAUCUACAGUUAGUGCUAAAGACGAUUUGAACCUACGGAGUUUGCAGGAACAUGGUGACUGGGUCUGGACAGAAAGAGGAGCCAUGAAAGCAGGAGCAGGAAUAGGAGGCAAUGGCGAUAGCCCUACUGAUAAGCAGAAGCUUGCGGUCGAGUUCAUCAGCUCGCAACCAUAUUGGAGUCGAACUUGGAUUAUACAGGAGAUUAUGCUUGCCUCGGAUAUCAGCAUAAUUGUGGGCAACUAUAUGUUUCCAUGGUCACAGGUCGCCAAGUUGGGGCCACAAUCGAUUCAGUCGUCGUUAUGGCACAAGGAUUCUCACGGGCUUCCCUUGAUGAAUAUGGCAUUCGUCGAGGGACAGAUGCGCUUUGGCCAAAGGUCUGCAAUGUUUGGCUUACUUGAACGCAAGAUCAAAUGGGACUCUGAGCUCGCAUCGAAUACAGACAAAGGGAAAAGCAAAACUUAUUUCGUGCCCUGCUACGUGGCCUUCGGGACAUUUGCAGAGCACGCUUGUUUGGAUCCACGAGAUAAGUUCUACGCCAUGCUCGGCCUUGUGGAGGAAGACAUCCGUAGUGAUACAGUCCCGGAUUAUCGUCUUGCGGUCCCCGACGUUUACAAAGAUGCUCUUGCCGCUGGCUUCCGCUCCGUCAAGGCGCAUUUGCGGGAUUCGUUGAAGACGCGGCUAGAAGCCUACGGCAUCCUGGCUGCACACUUACACGAAGCGUUCGGUCUUAAAGAAGUGGACAUCUAUGAUGCGAGAGCUGCAGUUCUAGCAAAACCUUCCAUUUAUGCGGAUAUCCAAUCUGAUCUCACUGAAGCCCGCCUUCUUGAGGAUGAGAUUGGUCUCAAAUACAGGCACGCGCAGGCCUGUCGGUCCAACCAUGCACCCAAUAGCUGCGAGCCCCAUUGUCUCUUGACCGGGCUUAUUCAAGCUUCAGACGAUUCAUCUUCAUCUGUCUUGGCGGAUAAAGAGUCUGAGAAAUCGCAUGCCCCUGUUUCAAACCACUCUUUAGCCAUCCAUAUUCGAGGUACAGCCUCAGGCGGCGGACCAUUAGAUUAUCAAGGCUUUGAAUACGGCCAAUGGAGUGGUCGAAGCUCACUUCGCAGCAUCCAAAAUCUUGGCAUGCGACCAGAAGUACCUACAGAGACGAGCGACCAGACGAGGUACAAGCAAUGCCUGUUCUACACGGAUAGGGGGAGGGCAGACGGCGACAUGUACUGGAUGGUUAAUAGUCCGCAUGGAAGCUACACGGCCCCCAUAUACAUACGUCGAAAGACAGACAGCAGCGAUGGCUGGACAGUAUCUUACGAAGACGCCAUUCCCAAACCUCACCACGCAACCUGCGAUCGUUGCGAAAAGCCCAUCGUGGCCGUGAGAUAUCGAUGCCUGCAGUGCCUGGACUUUGACAUAUGCUCGACGUGCAUGAAAGAAGCUGAGCAAUCCAAAGACGAACACGUUGACCAGCACCGCUUCGAGAUAAUCUACCAUCCAGCUUCCAGCAUAAGCCACACCACAAAUCCGCUGAAAUACCUCGCGCUCAACUUCCGGAGGGUGCCCUACCGGAUGCACCCCGGCGUCUUCGACUCGUACAUACACGACCCAGACCCGGACGCGGCGGUGAAAAACUGCCUUGCGUGUGGUAUAAUGUUCCCAUGGAGUCCUCGCGAGGGCAUAUGGCCGCCCUACUGGGUUGCCAACUUGAACAUCAUGACGUGGACUCCAGCUGACAAGGGCGUGCCGCAUAUUCGUUGCAUGGGCCUGCGUCUGCGCGACUCCGACCCGACUGACCGUCCUCCCACUCCCAUGCCGGGAGGAUACAGAUUCUUCGGGCAGAUCCAGCUCUGCGCUAUCCGCCAACAGCUCGCGCAGUGGGUAUCCUCCUUUUCGCCACCGGUCGAACUCACUCCCGAUGUGAAUCUGACUGAGCUCGUGGACAGACGUCGCAAAGAGCGAGAGGCCAGUGGCGACGAGAGUGUGCGUGGAGGAGGAGAGAUUGUCCUUUUGCUUGCCUUCCCACCGAUGCCUCGGACGGGCGGGGUGGAAGGUGACGAUAUCGUCGAGGAGGAUGGAGUCUGGGCUCUCAGUCUGCCACGAAGCCGUCGUCCCGGCGAGGACGAGAACGACGUUCCUACCGCUCCGGCGAUGCACUUCUGGACCGCGGAUGACUUUGAUGAGGCCACGAUAGCGAAAAUGAAGGCACAGGCCGGCCGACAGCUGAAGCUUCUUCCCACUAAAGCUGAUGCACCUACGGCGGAACGACAAUGGGCGACGUUUUGUUGGUAA